AUGUGCACUUUUCCCGUUCCCACUCCUCCGCUGUCCACUUGGAACUCGGCCUUCCCUUUCCACCAGGCGAUGGGCGGCACAAACGCCUCACUCUUCGACCCCGCCUCGACUGCCGCCCUCCGCUGGUCACAACUAGCCGGUACCAACACCAACGUCGCCACCGGCCCGACGACCGGCCACAUGCAGACCGGCGCCAGCGUUCAGCUGCCCCACAUCGACGGCCCACUCGCGUCUGCCCAGACGUCGGCGACUGGCGGCGGAGAGGCUGGCGCCAGUACCGGCGGGACAAGCGGCUUUCCUUUCGCCGCCGCAGCCGCCUGGUACGGUCUCUCGGCCUUCCUCGGCCCCACGGGACUCCGGUUGCCCGAGGAGGCGGGCCAGUUUCCCGUAGCACCCACGCACAGCCCAAAGAUGCCAGCUGCCGUGGGCACCGCCAGCGCCGCUUUGGGCAACGCUUCUGGAGGGGGUCAGGCCGACUCGCAUGGCGGCCUGAGGGCUCAUGUGGCGUCGACGAAGAGAAACGGGAAAUGCACUCGUCCAAUCGGACGCUCUGUCGAGACAUCCGCUCAUUCAGGCAGCGCCUUUUCCCACCCUCUCGCCAGCACCGAUCUCGCGGCUCCCGCUCCACAUGCCACCGGUUUCCAACGUCCCGAGGUCUCCGCAAGUCUGGACAAACCGGACGAGUCGACGCCUCAACCGGGUCCUCCCGCGUCGUCCGACUCGGUCGGCUGUUCGGUUGGGCUGACCCGAGAAAUGCUGCGCCGGCAUCGGGCCCUCUUUGAGGCCGCGUCGGGCACGCAAGCGGGCUCGCAGCUGGCCGCCUAUUGCUCGGGAUCGGACUCGCGACUCGGCCUCGCCGGAUCCCGGCACGGGCCGGAUCUUGCCGCGGAGCCAAUGAAGCCGAAGGUGGCCGGGCUCGGUCAGGCCAUGUCGGUGGACGACACAAGUGGCCAGCUCAGGCCCGGUGAGUCGGCCUGUCUCGAGCACAAGCGAAAGCCUCAAAGUAGGCCUGUCGGCGAGAGGUGUCGCAGACAGAAGCCAGCACAACAGGCGCCAGAAAGGGGAAAUCGGGGAGCCGCUGUUUCGGGACCGAGUCUCCGACUCUGUUGCGGUGAGCUAGCCGCGGUUGAGCCGGGCCUCGCAGGGAGGAGUAAUCAUUUCGGCCGUCCAGUCGAAGAAAAGUUGCCAGAUGGGCAUGUCGAGGAGGAGGAGGAAGGAGACGACGAAGAGGACGACGAAGAGGACGAGGAGGAAGAUGAGGGGAUGGUGGCUGAGGAGGACGAGGAGGAGGAUGAAGAAGGUGUCAGACAUCCGCAAGAGGGAGACCCAGACUUUGUAGAGACCGCCUGCAGGUGGGCAGACUGCCAGAUCAAUUUUGAGACGCAAGAAGCUCUGGUCAAGCACAUCAGCAAUGAACACAUUGCAGGGGGCAAGAAGAGCUUUAUCUGCUUCUGGCGUGACUGUGUCCGAGGUGCUCGCCCAUUCAAGGCACAAUACAUGCUGGUUGUCCAUAUGCGCCGGCACACCGGUGAAAAACCGCAUAAGUGCAAUGUAAGUUGA